CAAAUGGUGGUUCACUGAAAAUCCCAUUUCUUUCGAACGUUCGCGUCACCGCGUGAUUGUAACUCCAUUCGUCGAAGAGUAUUACGUGGGUGGACACACGAUGAAUAUCAAUAAGGACUUUAAGGUCGUUCAUACUUAUUGAAAAAGGGCGGAGAACAGUCACGCCGAAGUCAGAACGUUCUCAGACAUGGACAGGAGCAUCCUUUACAUUGUACUAUUGUGUUUCGUGCUGCUAGCAGUGUGGGCAGAUGAUCGUACUUCCCUUACAAAAGAAGUGGAACGACGAUGGAACACACCACCGGAGCUUAUACCAGAGCAACUCAUCAAGACCUCUGAUAUGAAGAAUGGACGAUUGUUGUCUAUUCCAAUCGGAACAAAUAUCAACGUAAAUGCGGGAAACAAUGCGCAUUCCUUAGGCUUUCAAAUAGGGCCUGAAGGUGUUAGCUACUCUGAAAGCAACAGUUUUAAUCGACCAUUGUCUGAACUCACUGGGAGCGUUUCACAAAGUCAGUCGGUGUCAUUAGCCGCAGGAUUAACUGGAGCCUCUGGUGCUGUGAGUCAAGCUGUCGGUCAACAUCAUCCUAUACAUGGUAAUCAAGGCAACGUGAACAGUCACGCAUUUGGUUUCGGCAAUGCGGCUUCUUCUUCAUCGGGAAAUGUCCAAAAUGGACAUGCAUCCUCAGCCGCUGCAUCUUCUGUCGGUUCCACAAAUUCUUUUGCCUCGUCAAAUGCCGGUAGCAGCCAGUUCCCCGAAGAAACGAGCAUCCGGUUUCCGGGACAAAAUCAGAGGCCACCGGUUUGGACCAAUAUUCAUCCAAACGAUAAUAAUAAUGGCCAUCAGCCUUCACGUACACCGAAAUUGGACAUCAACAUAAAACCAAAUCGCGAACAAAAUCGAGGACCAGUUAUGUUACACGUUUCGACGCAACAACCUAGAUGGGAUAAUAAACAGCCACGAAUUCAUAUACAUAAGUGGCAUCCAAGUUACAGAUGGUAUUAUGACGAUGACAUACAAAGAUGAAUAUAAGAUUAGAAAAAAACUUAAUUUUAGAGAAGUUCGCUUAUUUCUUAUCCAUUGAUUUGGAAUAAGUUAUUUUUACAAAUAGUAUUAUAGUACAAGUAUUAUAGAUAUUUUUACAUUUAGUGACAUUUUUGUUGUAACAUAAUUACAGGAGAAAUAGAAAGACUAAACAUCUUUCUGAAUUUUAAAAAUUCGAAAAACAGU